AUGAGCUUCCAGUGCCAGCCUAGAGCCGGGAGAAGGAGUGCACAGUUACUGUGAAAUUCAGCUGGUAGAAAGAGAGAGCGAGGGAGAGACACAGAGAGAGAGAGAGAGAGAGAGAGGAAAAAACAGAUCUGUGAAGGAAAUGGGACUGUAAAAAAAAAAAUAAAAAAAUAAUAAUAAAAAAAAAAGCAGAGGAAGCCCGGGAUGGCUGAUGUCAGGGAGGGUAGAGGAGAAGUCUAGGUGGGCGAAUCCUAGGAAUAAGGACCAUUAAAAAGAAUAAGAAUAAUUGGCUAGCCAGCCACACAGGGGCUUCAGAGGAAUGACUGACUGACUGCCUGGAGGAGCCGUUCCAAGGAAGAGCAGAGAGACUUUAGGAAUACAGAUAAGUAGCUGGUGACUUGCGGUGGAUUUCAAUGAAUUCAGGGUCGGACUGGAUUACCUCUCCGUAAAUCCAAGGAGGUGGAGGGGUGGGGGGAGAAAGCAGAGAGCCCCCAAGGAGACAGACGGAAGAGGAUCUUUAGGUCUGAAACAUGUGAGGUACAUUGCCGGGGCAAGCGACACGUACAGGGAGCCUGGAAGUUCACCCUCCCCUUCCUCCUUUCCCCCACCCCAGGAUGGAUCAGAGGAAGAGCUGGCCUCGGACACUGGACUCCGACGGCUGGUCAGUGGCUUUCGUCGUCUUGGUUUUGGUCCUGCUUUCCCGGAGCGUGGCCGGCACUGCCCUCUUCAGCACUUUCCACUCUGAGAACAGAGACUGGACUUUUAACCACCUGACCGUCCACCGGAGCACGGGGGCUGUCUACGUCGGAGCCAUCAACCGGGUUUACAAGCUCUCGGGCAACUUGACCAUCUUGGUGGCUCACAAGACGGGCCCGGAGGAGGACAACAAAUCCUGCUACCCGCCUCUUAUCGUGCAGCCGUGCAGCGAGAUCCUGACCCUCACCAACAACGUCAACAAGCUGCUGAUCAUCGACUACUCGGAGAACCGGCUGCUGGCCUGUGGGAGCCUCUACCAGGGCGUCUGCAAGCUGCUGAGGCUGGACGACCUCUUCAUCCUGGUGGAGCCAUCGCAUAAGAAGGAGCACUACCUCUCCAGCGUCAACAAGACCGGCACCAUGUACGGGGUGAUCGUGCGCUCCGAGGGCGAGGACGGCAAGCUCUUCAUUGGCACGGCGGUGGACGGCAAGCAGGAUUACUUCCCCACCCUCUCCAGCCGCAAGCUGCCCCGGGACCCGGAGUCAUCGGCUAUGUUGGAUUACGAGCUCCACAGCGACUUUGUCUCCUCGCUCAUCAAGAUCCCCUCCGACACGCUGGCCCUCGUCUCGCACUUCGACAUCUUCUACGUCUACGGCUUUGCCAGCGGCAACUUCGUCUACUUCCUGACUGUCCAGCCCGAGACCCCCGAGGGCGUCUCCAUCAACUCGGCCAACGACCUCUUCUACACGUCCCGUAUUGUCCGCCUCUGCAAGGACGACCCCAAGUUCCACUCCUACGUCUCUCUGCCCUUUGGCUGCGUCAAGGGGGACGUGGAGUACCGUCUCCUGCAAGCCGCGUACCUCUCCAAGCCGGGCGAUGUGCUGGCCAAGGCCCUCAACAUCGCCGCCCAGGAGGAUGUCCUCUUUGCCAUCUUCUCCAAGGGGCAAAAGCAGUACCACCAGCCCCCCGACGACUCGGCUCUGUGCAUCUUCCCCAUCCGAACCAUCAACACCCAGAUCAAGGAGCGCCUGCAGUCCUGCUACCAGGGGGAAGGCAACCUGGAACUCAACUGGCUGCUGGGGAAGGAUGUCCAGUGCACCAAAGCACCAGUCCCAAUAGACGAUAACUUUUGUGGGCUCGACAUUAACCAGCCCCUCGGGGGCUCCACGCCGGUGGAAGGGGUGACCCUCUUCACCACCAGCCGGGACCGCAUGACCUCGGUUGCCUCGUACGUUUACAACGGCUACAGCGUGGUGUUUGUGGGGACCAAGAGCGGCAAGCUGAAGAAGAUCCGGGCAGAUGGUCCCCCUCAUGGAGGAAUUCAGUACGAAAUGGUCACAGUUUUCAAGGACGGGAGCCCUAUCCUUCGAGACAUGGCCUUCUCCAUCGAUCACAAGUACCUGUACGUCAUGUCAGAAAGACAGGUGUCCAGAGUCCCGGUGGAGUCGUGCGAGCAGUACACAACCUGCGGGGAAUGUCUGAGCUCGGGAGACCCUCACUGCGGCUGGUGCACUCUUCACCACACGUGUUCCCCGAGGGACAGCUGCGAGCGAGCGGACGAGCCGUACCGAUUUGCCGACAGCAUCGCUCAGUGCAUGAGCAUCACCGUGCAGCCCAGCAGCAUCUCGGUGUCCGAGCACAGCCUCCCGCUGCGCCUGCUGGUGAGCUACGCCCCCGAUCUCUCGGCUGGGAUCACCUGCCUCUUUGGGAACCUCACUGAGGUGGAAGGCCAAGUGCUGGGUAGCCAAGUCAUCUGCGUUUCACCAGCAGCUAAAGAUGUCCCCGCCAUCCCUGUGGACCAAGACUGGUUUGGGUUGGAGCUGCAGCUGAAAUCCAAGGAGACGGGCAAGAUGUUCGUCAGCACAGAGUUCAAAUUCUACAACUGCAGCGCCCACCAGCUGUGUCUGUCCUGCGUGAACAGCGCUUUCCGCUGCCACUGGUGCAAGUAUCGGAACCUCUGCACUCACGACCCCACCACCUGCUCCUUUCAGGAGGGAAGGAUCAAUGUUUCAGAGGACUGCCCUCAGCUCUUUCCCACGGAAGAGAUCCUUAUCCCCGUAGGGGAGGUGAAGCCCAUCACACUGAAAGCCAGAAACCUGCCCCAGCCCCAGUCGGGCCAGCGGGGCUACGAGUGCGUCCUCAACAUCCAGGGCGUGAUCCAUCGCGUACCAGCUCUGCGCUUCAACAGCUCCAGCGUCCAGUGCCAGAACAGCUCGUAUCUCUACGACGGGAUGGACAUAAGCAACUUAGCCGUGGAUUUUGCUGUGGUCUGGAAUGGAAACUUCAUCAUCGACAACCCUGAGGAUUUGAAAGUCCACCUGUACAAGUGCGCGGCCCAGCGGGAGAGCUGCGGCCUGUGCCUGAAAGCGGAUCAGAAGUUCGAGUGCGGCUGGGGGGGGGGGGGGGGGGAGGGGGCCCUGCACUCUUCCCCCCACCAGCCCUGGCUGGACUGGUCCAGCAGGAACGUCAAGUGCUCCAACCCCCGCAUCACCGAGAUCCUGACCGUGUCCGGCCCCCCAGAAGGAGGGACACACGUGACCAUCCGUGGCGUGAACCUGGGCCUGGACUUCUCAGAGAUCGCCCACAGCGUGCGGGUGGCAGGGGUGCUGUGCACGCCCCUGCGGGAGCAGUACAUCAUCGCAGAGCAAAUCGUGUGCGAGAUGGGGCAGGCGCUUCCAGGGAUCAGUUCUGGCCCGGUGCUCCUGUGCAUUGGAGAGUGCAAGCCUGAGUUCAUGGCCAAGUCCACGCAGCAGUACAUGUUUGUGAAUCCAGCGGUCAGUGCCCUGAGUCCCAGCCGCGGGCCAGAAUCAGGAGGCACCAUGGUGACCAUUACCGGCCAUUUCCUGGGUGCCGGCAGCCGCGUGUCUGUGCUGCUCGGAAACCAGACCUGCGAAUUUUAUGGGAGGUCCGUGAAUGAGAUCGUGUGCGUCUCUGCCCCAUCCGCACAUGGCCUGGGUCCCGUCCGUGUCUCAGUGAGUGUGGACCGGGCCCAGCUGGAAAGCACCCUGGAGUUCGAGUACAUCGAUGACCCCAAGGUGCAGCGCAUCGAACCCGAGUGGAGCAUAGCCAGUGGACACACGCCUCUGACAGUCACGGGGUCCAAUCUGGAUGUGAUUCAGGAGCCCAGGAUCCGUGUGAAAUACAACGGCAAGGAAUCUGUCAAUAUCUGCAAGGUCAUGAACACAACCAUGCUGACCUGCCUGGCUCCCUCCCUCACCCCCGAGUACCGCCCUGGCUUGGAUGCCGUCGAGCGGCCGGACGAGUUUGGCUUCAUCUUUAACAACGUGCAGUCCCUGCUCAUCUAUAACGACACUAAGUUCAUUUACUACCCAAACCCUACUUUUGAGCUGCUGAGCCCCACAGGGGUGCUGGACCAGAAGCCGGGGUCUCCCAUCAUCCUGAAGGGCAAAAAUCUGUGCCCACCAGCUCCCGGCGGAGCAAAGCUGAACUACACUGUCCUAAUUGGAGACACCCCUUGCGCCGUCACCGUGUCUGAGACACAGCUGCUGUGCGAGCCUCCGAACCUCACAGGCCAGCACAAAGUUAUGGUGCACGUUGGUGGCAUCGUCUUCUCUCCCGGCUCAGUGAGCGUGAUCUCGGACAGCCUGCUGACCCUGCCGGCCAUCGUCAGCAUCGCGGCAGGAGGCAGCCUGCUCCUCAUCAUCGUCAUCAUCGUCCUCAUCGCCUACAAGCGCAAGUCCCGGGAGAAUGACCUCACCCUCAAGAGGCUCCAGAUGCAGAUGGACAACCUCGAAUCACGUGUGGCCCUGGAGUGCAAGGAGGCUUUUGCAGAACUGCAGACAGACAUCAACGAGCUAACCAGUGACCUCGACCGCUCAGGGAUCCCGUACCUCGAUUAUCGAACAUACGCUAUGAGGGUCCUUUUCCCCGGCAUCGAGGACCACCCCGUCUUGCGGGAGCUGGAGGUGCAAGGCAAUGGGCAGCAGAGCGUGGAGAAGGCCCUGAAGCUCUUUGCCCAGCUGAUCAACAACAAGGUGUUCCUGCUCACCUUCAUCCGUACCCUGGAGCUGCAGCGCAGCUUCUCCAUGCGCGACCGGGGCAACGUGGCCUCCCUCAUCAUGACCGGCCUGCAGGGCAAGCUGGAGUAUGCCACGGACGUGCUGAAGCAGCUGCUCUCGGACCUGAUUGAGAAGAACCUGGAAAACAAAAACCACCCCAAGCUGCUUCUGCGCAGGACAGAGUCCGUGGCUGAGAAGAUGUUGACCAACUGGUUUGCCUUCCUUCUCCACAAGUUUUUAAAGGAAUGUGCUGGGGAGCCCCUCUUCAUGUUGUACUGCGCCAUCAAGCAGCAGAUGGAGAAGGGCCCGAUCGACGCCAUCACGGGGGAGGCGCGCUACUCCCUGAGCGAGGACAAGCUGAUCCGGCAGCAGAUCGAGUACAAGACUCUGAUCCUGAACUGUGUGAACCCCGAUAAUGAGAACAGCCCAGAGAUCCCAGUGAAGGUGCUGAACUGUGACACCAUCACUCAAGUCAAGGAGAAGAUCCUGGAUGCCGUGUACAAGAACGUCCCGUACUCCCAACGGCCGAGGGCUGUCGACAUGGACCUAGAGUGGCGCCAGGGACGGAUAGCUCGGGUAGUCCUGCAGGAUGAAGAUAUCACCACCAAAAUAGAGGGCGACUGGAAGCGACUGAACACGCUGGUGCAUUAUCAGGUGUCCGAUCGCUCCGUCGUGGCCCUCGUUCCCAAGCAGACCUCCUCCUACAACAUCCCUGCCUCUGCCAGCAUAUCCCGAACCUCCAUUAGUAGAUACGAUUCCUCUUUCCGAUACACGGGCAGCCCCGACAGCCUCCGCUCUCGGGCACCCAUGAUCACCCCUGACCUGGAGAGCGGGGUGAAGGUCUGGCACUUGGUCAAAAACCACGACCACGGGGACCAGAAGGAAGGCGAUCGAGGCAGCAAGAUGGUGUCCGAGAUCUACCUGACCAGGCUUCUAGCUACAAAGGGUACGCUGCAGAAGUUUGUGGACGACUUGUUUGAGACCUUGUUCAGCACCGUGCACCGGGGCAGCGCACUCCCGCUGGCCAUCAAGUACAUGUUCGACUUCCUGGAUGAGCAAGCGGAUAAGCACAGCAUCCACGACACGGACGUGAGGCACACCUGGAAAAGUAACUGCCUCCCGCUCCGGUUCUGGGUGAACGUCAUCAAGAACCCCCAGUUUGUGUUCGACAUCCACAAGGGCAGCAUCACGGACGCCUGCCUCUCGGUCGUGGCCCAGACCUUCAUGGACUCCUGCUCCACCUCUGAGCACCGCCUGGGCAAGGACUCCCCCUCCAACAAGCUGCUGUACGCCAAGGACAUCCCCAGCUACAAGAGCUGGGUGGAGAGGUAUUACGCUGACAUUGCAAAGCUCCCGGCCAUCAGCGACCAGGACAUGAACGCUUACCUCGCAGAGCAGUCGCGCCUUCAUGCCACGGAGUUCAACAUGCUGAGCGCACUGAAUGAGAUCUACUCCUACGUUAGCAAAUACAGCGAAGAGAUCAUCGGAGCCCUGGAGCAGGACGAGCAGGCGCGCAGGCAGCGCUUGGCAUACAAAGUAGAGCAGCUCAUUGGUGCCAUGUCUAUCGAGAGCUGAAGAAAGGACACGAGGUUCAACAAGAAGGGAAUAGUCA